UCUCUCCUCAUCUCCUCACUUCCCCCGCUCCUCAUUCCCGCAUUCUCCACGCCGCCGCCGCCGCCGCCUCCCGUCCUCCCGUCCCCUGGCGCAGCCACCAUGCCUUCUCCCUCUAUCCUUUCCUCCUCCCAUCCCGUUCGCCAUCACAGGGAGGAAUGAGCGGAUCGAGGACCUGCCGCUCGCGCCGCCGCUUCUCCAUCGAGGUUGCGCGUACAUAAUUAGGAGGAGAGGAUGCUGCCGCUGCUCUUCUGGGAGGAGCACGCCGUCUACAGGAAAAGGCCAGGCAUCCGCGACGCCGACCGCAGGCGCCGCCUCCGCAGCGACGAGUUCGUCGCCGUCUGGGUGCGCCAGACCCGCGACGUCGCCUUCGAGGCCGAGGACGCGCUCAACGACUUUCUCCGCCACGACCUCUUGGCGCGCGUCCGCCAGAUCAGGAAGCGGCUUGAAAAGAUCUCCGCCAACCGCGCCGCCUACCACAUCGAGCACGCGGCCUCGCCCGCCUGGGCCGUCUCCUCCGCUACCACCCUCGCCGCCUGGCGGUACCUUGUCGUCGUGGACGGCAGCAUCGCGGUUGCCGACUGGAACAGCCUCCGGGCGUCGCUCCUUGACGAGGGCAAUGGCAGCAGGGUGGCGCUGGUCACCGAUGCGGCGGGGCUGGAGGUGGUGGGCUAUGCUGGCGGGCUGACGUACGACCCCAUCGAGCUCACGCGGCUCAGCCCGGAGAACACGUACGAGCUGUUCCGGCGCCGGGUGCCAAUUACUAAGGAGAGUCAACUUUAACUGGCUGGUCCUAAGGAUCGGGUUACAUGUUACUGACCCCUGGCUUCAAGAGUAUCAGACCAGGCAAGCAGCGGCGGCGCCGGACUGGUCACCCCUGCACCACCAGUCUUCCUUCGGGUAACUUACCACAGGAAAGUGCUUCUGCCAUUUCUUAUCGCUUGUGAUUCCGCUCGUUCUGACCAUGGUUGUUGCCUUUUCCUCUUUUCAUGUAAAAUCGUACUGCAGAGGCAUCUUGUGCCCACCAUGAACAGCGGUGAGGUCUUCGAUCGAGCCUCCCCAAGCGUUGUCUAACGCAUGCGUGCCUGCUUCUUGCAGCGCAAAAUCUAUCAUGUCAUGUACUCAAUUACAGCGGCCAUGUCGUGACUGUGGCACGUGGACUUCUUGCACAAGCGCAACCUCUAGCCCAAGCUACUGCAUUGUUUGGAUUUGGCACUUGGUUGUUAGUCGCUGCUGAGCUAUUGCAAGUGAAUCUAUUUAUUUAUGCCUUACAAGUGCUCAACUGAUUGAUGGCAAUGACACGAUGAUAACUAACAAUCACUAUUUGGACUUAUCAUGAUGUAUAGCUGUGAAUUAUAUAUUGUGUAUUGGAUAGUUAGGACUGGAUCAGGUCCAUGAAUCCUAUGUGGUACUACCGCUAUGGCCUGAUUUUGUAAUGUUGUAAUGAUGCUUUUGGUAUUUUCUGUUGUUUUUCCAAAUAUACACCAAUGUCAUGUAAUGAAACUUCAUUGUAUGGCACUGUAUCGAACCAAUAUAUGUUUUUUUUCUAAA